AUGCGUACCGAUCCUGAAAUCGGCAGGUGGCCAUCGACACCAAUCAGCGCACGCGACGAAGAGGACCCCAACGCGCGACCAGCUUGCUUCAAGUCGACGCUCCAGGAAUGUCUCUCUGUACUCUCAGUCACAAUGGCUGUAGCUAUGACGAGCAUCCUGACUGGUGCAAUCACUGUUAUGAGCUCUUUCGCGGCCAGAGAUAUUGGAAUGACUAACGCAGAAACCACUUGGAUGAACGCUGCAGUAUCUCUAUCUGCCGGUUCUCUACUUCUCUUCUUUGGCAGCGUUGCUGAUCUCUUCGGUCGCAAGUCUAUGUUUAUUGGCUCUAUGUUCCUCUUCUCCAUCGUCUGCCUGGGUACCGGCUUUGCCAAAGACGGUGUUACACUCGAUAUCCUCUGCGGCAUCUUGGGUAUAUUUUCGGCAUCUGCAGUUCCACCGGCGCAAGGUAUACUCGGUACGAUAUACGAUAGACCGAGCCCGAGAAAGAACAAGGCCUUUGGCUGCUUCAGCGCAGGCAAUCCGCUUGGUUUCGUCUUCGGCACCAUCCUCGCCGGACUCUUCACGCAGCUCUUCAGCUGGAGAGCUGGAUUCUACAUGAUCGCGAUCACAUACUUCCUCACCUCGAUUGUCGCAGCAUUAACAGUGCCUGUGGACACAAUGCCCAAGCAGAAGUUCGAUUCAGAGACACUGAAGAAAUUGGAUCUGCCAGGAACAGGCAUGACCAUUGCUGGUAUUGGGAUGUUCUGCGCCGCUCUCAGUCUCGCAGGUGACGCUCCAAACGGCUGGAAGACGCCAUAUGUGCUGGUGUUGUUGUUCCUCGGUCUGAUCUUGAUUAUCGCGUUCGUUGUGUGGGAGCUCAAGUAUCCCUACGCUAUUGUUGACAUGCACGUUUUCAAGGACAGAGAUUUCUCUUUGUUACUUCUCAUCCUGUCUUUUGGCUUCCUCGGAUUCCCAGUACAGACAUUCUGGCUGGCGCUUUACUUCCAGACCGAGCUUGGGUACUCUGCUCUCAUGACCGGUGUGCAUAUGCUGCCUAUGGUUGUAGUAGGAGUGCUUGCAAACUUAGUUGCCGCGUUGAUCCAACACAAGGUCUCGAACAAGCUUAUCAUGGGCAUCGGCGCGUGGGCGUACGUGAUAUCGUUCGUUCUUACUGCUGUACAACGAUAUGGGGACUCGUACUGGGCGUUCUCAUUCCCUGCUUUGUGCCUGUGUGUGAUCGGAGCAGACCUCCAGUUCAUCGUGGCCAACAUGUACGUUCUCUCUUCCAUGUCUGCGAACAAGCAGUCGAUGGCAGGCUCGCUACUCCAGACCUUGACGCGACUCUGCACCGCUGUUGGCUACGGAAUCGCGACUGCCAUCUUCGACGCUGUUAAGAGCAACCCUUCGAAGUCCGGAUACUAUGCGAACAACGUCGUUGAGCCCUUCGCGGCAGUGUUUUGGUUUUGCGUAGGCGUCGCCUUUAUUGGUGUGGUCUUUGUCCCCUUCCUUCGCAUUACUACGCAAGGGCACAAGGGUGACACAGGUCGAGCGAAGCAGGAUAUUGCGGAUCCUUGCCUCAACAGCGGUCUGGCUCUCGAUGACGGCCACGCUGUCGCUGCUGCAGGCGAAAAGACGAGGCAUAUCAGUGCCGGAGAAAGCUCAAAAGCAUCCUGA